ACCUCUCCUUGAUCGUCGAUCAAACAUUAAGAUUUUGAAGCGUUCUCUUUUGAGCUAUAACAUAUUUGUUCUUGUUUUUUUUUUUUUUUAAAUCAUCACCAAUUUACCAUCUUUACAUCUCACGUCGACCUUCUUCCUGGUGGAUUUUUAACUCUUCAGACAUGGAGUUUAAUCUUAGUAGAUUAAGCGCAUAUUUCACCAUUGUAGCAUUCACAUUAUCGAUGCAUGCUGUUAAUCCUGAUUUGCUGAUUUACAGCAUUGACUGUGUGUUUAACAAUCGGCCAUACUGCUGUCAAGCAAGAUGUAAUUGGGAGCCAGGAACCAAUGAAACAUUCAGCUAUUUAAGUUGUCGGGUUUCUGGAAAAAACAUGACAUGCAAUAUUAAUGGAGGCGUUAACCAACUAAAUGUUUACACCCCCACAAUACGUCAUGGAAGCAUCAAAUCAGGGGCUCAUUGUGAAAUAAAUCACGCACAAGGUGAAUAUGAGGUUUCUUGUUCUGAUGAUAAAAAGCCCAUUUGUUGUCACACACCGUGUGAGUGGGAUCCAAAUUUUCUCAAUGCAACAUGCCAAAUGACAGGAAAAAAAGAUAUUCAAAAAAUGAAUUGCACUUGUAUUGGGGAUAAUGCAGAGCAGAUGGUGCCAUGUUUUAUUAAUAUCCCUUGUCCACGCAAACCUAACAAUGAAGUUUGUGUUUUGGAAACUGAUGAUAAAUGCUAUAUUAAUCAAGUUUCACAAGCUAUCAGGGAAAAUGAGAAAUUGCCAGUCAAAAGAGAUCUAAAAUGCACUGUGACACCUGCAGUUAAAGUGGAAUUUGGAGACCCAAAACAAAGUGGUUUAUCAGAAGGAGAGGGAUCCCCUGAAAAUACUGAAAAAAAGAAUUGUGAUUCACCAUGGUUUUAUUUGACAAUAUGCCUUGGAAUUCUCUCAACUGUGCUAUUGGUCUACAUAGGUUGUAUUGGCAAAAGGAAGGGAUGGAAAAUAUUGAAUAUAUGCAGUAAUGAUCAAGGGCGCCAAAACCCAGCAGAACCAAGAAACUGUGGGGAUGAGGAUAUACACCUUGCAGCUGCAGAAUAAAGAUUAUACAAUGGAAAAAUGUCAUGCUGGAUUAGAAACAGGCCCUUCCUAAAUGUAUGCUGUAGCAAUAAAAUUUGUUUUCAGACUUGUGUUUUGUUAUCCUUAAAAUGUAAGCAUCCUGAAGAGGUCAGGUGUGCUCCAACAGUAGCCACAUUCAAAUCCAGACUGAAAACACAUCUGUUUAGCUGUGCAUAUAGUCGCUGAGCAUUCCACUGCACUGCACUUACUGAUUGCACUGCAUUUCUGUAUUCUUUUUAUUUUUUAUCUUUAAUUUGUACUUUUUAAAAUGUAUUUCAUUACAUUUUAUUCUUGCUCUUAAUUUGUUAUAAAAUGUAUUAUAUCUUGUAUUUUCUUUAUCAUUUUUAUAUAAUGCACUUUGAAUUGCCAUUGUGUAUGAAAUGUGCUAUAUAAAUUAACUUGCCUUGCCUAUAAUAAAAGCUCCUGUAGGGGGA